UCAGACGACUGGAGUCAGCGACGCUGCUGCUGCUGCACACACUCUCUCCCCGAUCAGGAGCACCGCCGCCGCCAGGAGCGACCAAACACACACGACAUGGGCCGUCGAGUAGCUCUACUGCUGCUGCUUGCUGCCGUUUCGGCCAUGGCUCUGGAGGUGCCCACAGACGUGUCUAUGGGACUGCUGGCCGAGCCCCAGGUGGCCAUGUUUUGCGGUAAACUCAACAUGCACAUCAACGUACAGAGCGGCAAGUGGGAGCCAGACCCCUCAGGCACGAAGAGCUGCAUCGGUACCAAGGAGGGCAUCCUGCAGUACUGCCAGGAGGUGUAUCCAGAGCUCCAGAUCACCAACGUGGUCGAGGCCAACCAGCCCAUCAGCAUUCAGAACUGGUGCAAGAAGGGCCGCAAGCAGUGUCGCAGCCACAUGCACAUCGUCGUGCCUUACCGCUGCCUCGUGGGAGAGUUUGUGAGCGACGCCCUGCUCGUUCCUGACAAAUGCAAGUUCCUGCACCAGGAGCGCAUGGACCAGUGUGAGAGCCACCUUCACUGGCACACCGUGGCCAAGGAGUCAUGCGGGGACCGCACCAUGAACCUCCACGACUACGGGAUGCUGUUGCCGUGCGGGAUCGACCGCUUCCGAGGGGUGGAGUUCGUGUGCUGCCCCGCCGAGGCGGAGCGCGACGCCGACAGCGCAGAGCAGGACACGGACGACUCCGACGUCUGGUGGGGCGGGGUGGAGACCGACUACUCCGACAACAGUAUGGUGCGGGAGCCGGAGCCAGCAGAGCAGCAAGAAGAAGCCAAACCAUCUGUGGUAGAGGUCGACGAGGACGAGGAGGUGCCCGAGGAAGAGGAGGAGGAGGAGGAGGAUGAGGAGGACGACGUGCUGGACAACGACCAGGACGGAGACGGGGAGGAAGACGAAGAGAUGGUGGAGGAAGAGGACGAGGAGAUGGACGAGGAGGACGGCAACGACGACAUCCUUGACGCGCUCGACGACGACGCCGACGAUGCCGACGAGCCCACGACCAGCGUUGCCAUGACGACCACCACCACCACCACCACCGAGUCCGUGGAGGAAGUUGUCAAGGAUGUGUGCUGGGCCAAUGCAGAGACCGGCCCGUGCCGGGCCAUGCUGCCCCGCUGGUACUUUAACCGCCAGGAGGGCCGCUGCGUUCAGUUUAUCUACGGCGGCUGCGGAGGCAACAGGAAUAACUUUGAGUCACAGGAGUACUGCCUGUCUGUCUGCAGCAGCGUCAUACCCACAGCCACACCCAGCUCCCCAGAUGCCGUGGACCACUAUCUGGAGACUCCUGCUGACGAAAACGAGCACGCCCACUUCCAGAAGGCCAAGGAGAGUCUGGAGGCCAAGCACCGCGAGAGGAUGUCCCAGGUGAUGAGGGAGUGGGAGGAGGCCGAGAGGGAGGCCAAGAAUCUUCCCCGUGCCGACAAGAAAGCUGUUAUCCAACGUUUCCAGGAGAAGGUGGAGUCUCUGGAGCAGGAGGCGGCCAGCGAGCGCCAGCAGCUGGUGGAGACCCACAUGGCCCGCGUGGAGACCCUGCUCAACGACCGGCGCCGGCUGGCCCUGGAGAGCUACCUGACGGCGCUGCAGCAGGACCCGCCCAGGCCCCGUCACGUCUUCAGCCUCCUGAAGAAGUACGUGCGCGCUGAGCAGAAGGACAGGCAGCACACCCUCAAACACUUCGAACAUGUCCGCAUGGUGGAUCCCAAGAAGGCAGCUCAGAUCAGACCCCAGGUGCUGACCCAUCUGCGUGUGAUUGAGGAGCGCAUGAACCAGUCCCUGGGACUCCUCUACAAGGUCCCCGGCGUGGCUGACGACAUCCAGGACCAAGUUGAGCUGCUGCAGCGGGAGCAGGCGGAGAUGGCCCAGCAACUGGCGAACCUGCAGACAGACGUGAGGGUCAGCUACGGAAACGACGCCCUGAUGCCCGACCAGGAGCUGGGAGACGGCCAGACCGACCUGUUGGCCCAAGAGGACUCCCUGGGACUCGGGGGAAUCGGCUUCAUCCACCCCGAGAGCUUCAACCAGCCCAACACCGAGAACCAGGUUGAGCUCGUGGAUUCUCGCCCCAGUCUGGACAGAGGUAUUCCCACACGGCCAGUGACUGGAAAGGAGAUGGAAGCUCUUCCCGAGCUGCGAAUGGAGCCAGAUGAUACACAGAGUACUGAAUAUGAAGUCCACCACCAGAAACUGGUCUUCUUCGCUGAGGAUGUCGGCUCCAACAAGGGCGCCAUCAUCGGCCUGAUGGUCGGAGGCGUCGUCAUAGCAACGGUGAUCGUCAUCACUCUGGUGAUGCUGAGGAAGAAGCAAUACACCUCCAUCCACCACGGAGUCAUCGAGGUGGAUGCUGCCGUCACCCCCGAGGAGCGCCACCUGUCCAAGAUGCAGCAGAAUGGUUAUGAGAAUCCAACCUACAAGUUCUUUGAGCAGAUGCAGAACUGAGAAGAAUGUCACAUGAACACAUAAACACACACAUCAUCAUCAUCAUCUCCUCCCUCACAUCACACACCUUCCCUCCCCCUCAACCGGUCCCCUGUCUCCAAAAAAAACAAAGAAAAGCAGUGUGGUAGAUCAUGGAGUGGCUGAAAUAGUCAGCUACGAGCAGAAAGAGCGGCUGUAGUCAGGGUUUUAUCAUUUUUGCCUGGGCGGACACUGAGGCCGAGCCACUUUGCACCAUGUUUGUUCACUUUAUUGGAGCAAGACGUCUUUUUAAUUAAAGAGGAGUUUUUAGAAGCUGCUCCGUCUGGGCCUGCUGAUGUCUGGAAAAAGGCCCCGCCCAUGGCAUCGAAACAAACCCAUACUUGGGUAAGAGCAUUUUCUCCACACUGAUUCAGGGCCAGUGUAAAAGUUUUUUUGUUUAGUUUUUUUUUUUAGCUUGGAAUAGUUGUACAUUUGGACUUUCGUAGGCAAAGCUGACCACUGAUCAGUAGGGCUGCAAGUGCACGCUCAUCUGGGCCUCAUUUGCAAAAGCAAACGUUGCAUGCAGAACCAAUCACUCAUCACUUUUACGUGUCGACAUAAUCAAAUCCAUACGUUAUUCUUUGUAAUGAUUAUACAAUCAAGUAAAGACUUAUGUCAAGCAACGUGAUUUUAAAAAUGAGGCUCAGCGUUUCCCCAUCUACCGCACCACUGCUGCACUCUCCCUACGUCUACACUGGAGUAUAAGUGAGCUUCCUCUCCUUCUCCAUCCCUCCCUCCCUCCCAUUUUUUUUUUUUUUUUUACCUUAUUUUUAAUUUUCUCCCUUUUUUGCACAUUCUUAUAACAGCUGGGCUGUGUUACGUCACACAAGGCUCUUAAGGAUAUCAGGAGAUGCUGACAAUAAUGAACACGUUGGUGGCAACAGUAGUGACCAUGUAUUCUAAAUGAGCUGUUUUUAUUUUGGAGUUUUUCUCUUAUUGUUUCCAGUUUUGUUUUACAAAAAAGAAUGGAAAACAUAGGAAAAAAAAAAGUAAACCAAUGUAAAGUCCUUUUUUUAAAUUACGUGUGAUGUUACUGAAGUAAUGCUGAAGUCUUAGCUGUUCUUAUGUAGUGCAUGACAACAAUGACAACAGGAUUUGGGGAAAAGAAAAAAAAAAAAAAAGAAAGCCAAGAUCUUAACGCUGCUCUCUUGAGAUCCUUUCUCACAUAUAGAUUGUCAUUCUAGCAAGAUUGUACAUUUAGUAUCUUCUCGUGAUCACGUGACUUCAAACGAUGAUGAAAAAUAUAUAUAUAAGUCUAGGUGAACGGGCUCUGCUUUCAGAUGUAAAGAUGCACAUUAAAAAAAAAGGAUCUGUGUUUUUCGAAUCUAAGUGUGUUCCUCCUUUCUGUUUUUGCUUUUUUUAAUUUUAUUUUUCAAACCUUGUCUCGUUCCUGAAGCGGCAGCGGGAGGUGGCUGGCUUCAUCUAAGUGUUCAUUCAGUUGAAUAUGUUGUGUUCAGUUUCCUCACGUGUAGAGGCGCUCAGAGGUCACUCCUGUUGAUUUUUACUUCCUUCCUCAAUUUAUGUCACUGUAUUGAUUUUUUUUUUUUUUUUUUUUACUGAAAAGGCAUGAUGUAGGAGUGAAAGUUGAGAGGGGAAUGUGGGGAAUUCGAAAUGAGGAACAGGUUAGGAUCAAUUCUGCACGUACAUGUUUUUUUAUUUUAUUUUCAAUCCAUAAGACUGUCGCCUUUUUCUCCCCCCAACUCAUUUAGCUUUUAGUUGACUGAACAGGUGGAGUGUUGAGGAAGAGGAGGGGGAAGGAGGAAAUGACUUGCAGUUCCGGUUGGAUAGCCAGCCAGCCAGGCAGGCAGUCAGUCUGCAUCUAUAUAUAUAUAUAUAUAUUAAAAAAAAAAUCACUUCCCCCACACACCUCCCUGUCCCUCCUUCGCCUUUAUCUUCAGGCAGGCUCCUCGCUCAAAGCUGCAGCGCAGGAGUCAACAUUUAUAUAUAUAUAUAUAUAUAUAUAUAUAUAUAUAUAUAUAUAUAUAUAUAUAUAUAUAUAUAUAUAUAUAUAUAUAAUUAAAAAAUAUGCAUACCAUCAAGAGAGCUGACAGAAAGGUGUGUAUGCGAGGAGAUGGGCUGAAAACAGAUGGCAGCAAGGUUGGCAGGAAAUCUGACCUUCAUCCUCACACAGGUUUUUCACCAACUCCACACUGCACUGAAAGAAAUCUAGGGAGACUUCUCACGAUGUUAAUACAGUUUAUGGGGAUUUUUAAAUCUUGAGAGAAAAUGGUGAGUGAAAUGUACAUAUCAGGGCUGCAGUGAGGUGUCUGGUUUUCAGAGGGUGCUCAUUAGAAGCCCAACAGAGGGCAGUAGAGUAGAAGAGGAAGCAGGAUUUUCUUUCUUUUUCUGUGGGUUAUAUAUUGAUUUUUGUUUUCCACUGUGUAAUAUUGUGCAGGCCAUUUGCAUUAACUGGAAAACGCUUUCUACACUGUAUUCCAUAAUAAAGUUUUGAAUGUACAUACAAA